AUGACCGUCCAACCCUCAUUUGCUCAGUUAACAGCUGAGGCUUACCCAAAAGUUAAGAGAAAUAGUAGUUUUAAAGUUAUCGAUUCGGCAGAUAAAGAUUAUUUCCGUUCUAUUUUGUCGAAGGAUGAGAUCAUUGAAUCACAAUCUCCAGAAGAGCUUGCUUCCUUCAAUCAGGAUUGGAUGAAGAAAUAUAGAGGCCAGUCGAAUUUAGUUCUAUUUCCCAACUCUACUGAGAAAGUAUCCAAAAUUAUGAAGUAUUGUAAUGAUAAUAAACUGGCUGUCGUGCCUCAAGGAGGGAAUACGGAUUUAGUAGGAGCUUCAGUCCCUGUAUUUGAUGAAAUUAUUCUUUCUCUCAAGAACAUGAAUAAAGUGAGAGAUUUUGACCCUGUUAGUGGAACGUUCAAGUGUGAUGCUGGUGUUGUUAUGCGUGAUGCUCACCAAUUUUUAUCUGACCAUGAUCAUAUUUUCCCAUUGGAUCUACCUUCAAGAAAUAACUGUCAUGUAGGUGGUGUUGUCUCCACUAAUGCAGGUGGGCUAAAUUUGCUAAGAUAUGGUUCUCUACACGGUAACGUUUUGGGUCUAGAAGUUGUCUUGCCUAAUGGUGAAAUCAUUAGUAGUAUUAACGCUUUGAGAAAAGAUAACACUGGUUAUGAUUUGAAACAGUUGUUUAUCGGUGCAGAAGGUACCAUCGGUGUCAUUACUGGUGUUUCUAUACUCGCAGCUGCAAAGCCCAAAGCUCUUAACGCCAUUUUUUGCGGUAUUGACAGUUUCGAUACUGUUCAGGACUUGUUCGUCAAGGCCAAAGGAGAACUGUCUGAAAUCCUUUCUGCAUUUGAAUUUAUGGAUCGCGGUUCCAUCGAGUGUACCGUCGAAUAUCUGAAAGGUAUGCCUUUUCCCUUGCAAAAUCAUCACAACUUCUAUGUUCUUAUCGAAACCUCUGGAUCUAACAAGAUACAUGACGAUGAAAAACUACACGCCUUUCUUUCAAGCGCUUUGGAUUCCAAACUGCUCUCUGAGGGUGUGAUGGCUAAGGACAAAGCUGACUAUGAGAGACUUUGGACAUGGAGAAAGUCUGUGCCACCAGCUUGUAACUCAUAUGGUGGUAUGUACAAAUAUGACAUGUCUCUUCAAUUGAAAGACUUAUACUCUGUGUCCGAAGCUGUCACGAAGAGACUAAACGAGGCUGGCUUAAUUGGUGAUGCGCCAAAGCCAAUCGUCAAAUCUGUCGGGUAUGGUCACGUCGGUGAUGGUAACAUUCACCUGAAUAUUGCCGUCAGAGAAUUCACUAAAGAGAUUGAAGGCUUAUUAGAGCCUUUUGUUUAUGAAUACAUCGCCUCAAAGAAAGGUUCCAUCAGUGCUGAACAUGGUGUUGGUUUCCAUAAGAAAGGGCAUUUGCAUUACUCAAGAAGUGACAUUGAAAUCAGAUUUAUGAAAGAUGUCAAAAACCAUUACGAUCCAAACGGAAUUUUGAAUCCAUACAAGUACAUUUAA